AUGGCCAGCAGCAACUCCUCUUUAUCCAAGGCGUUGAGCAUCGUCAUCAUUGGCGCGGGUACAUUUGGGAUCAGCACCGCGUACCAUUUGGCAAAACGCGGUUACACGAAUAUCAAAUGUCUUGACAGACACCCUUUGCCUAGUCUCGACUCCGCAGGUUAUGACUUGAACAAAAUCAUCAGAACCGAAUACGACGAGCCUCUUCACACCAAUCUGGCUCUAGAAGCCCUCAAUGCUUGGAGGCAGCCGGAAUGGAAUGGUAUCUUUCAUGAAACGGGCCGCAUCGUCACAACAUCAGGAGACCCUCUAGCAGAGAAGCACCUCAAAGAGUCUUACGAGAAUUUGAGGAAGGCUGGGCAGGCUGUCAGUCUUGAGCUAGUUGAGGGCAAGGAGCAGAUCGUGAAGCACGUUCCCCAGCUACGCAACGCAAACGGCAUCGAGAAUUGGAAGGGACUCUGGAACAGUCAAGGCGGCUGGGCCCACGCCAAGAAGUCCCUUGAGAAAUGGGGCCAAGAGGCACAGGACAUGGGCGUCGAGUUCGUCUCCGGUGCCGAGGGCACCAUGACCGGGCUGAGCCUCGAUGGUUCGGGCAACCUUGUUGGAAUCCAGGUUGCUUCGGGCGGCGUUGUGCGCGCAGAUAGGUACAUACUUUGCACCGGGGCGGCGUCGCCGGCUGUGCUCCCCGAGCUGUCCAGGGAGAUGUGGACGAAGUGCUGGUCUUUGGCACACAUUGAACUGACAGACGAGGAAAUUGCCCAGUGGAAAGGGAUCCCCGUGGUGGACAACUUUGAACUAGGCUUCACCUUUGAGCCGGAUCCCGAAACCAAGUGGAUGAAGAUCUGCGACGGAUCCCCAGGAUACCAGUACCGCGUCGGGACCUAUACUGACCCCUCGGGCAAAGUGGAACACUACUCGGUCCCUCGGUAUGCGAGCGCGCACUCGGAAGACGGCAUCCCCGACGAAGCCGCCGACGCCAUCAGGCGCUUCGUCGAUACCGUCAUGCCGCAGUUCUCGGGGCGGCCACUCCUAGGCGCCAGGGUCUGUUGGUGCACCGACUCCCCCGAUGCCUACUGGCUGAUUGACAACCAUCCAAAACAUCCUUCCCUGCUUCUGGCAACCGGAGACUCGGGCCACGCGUUUAAGAUGUUCCCCAUCAUUGGCGAUUACAUCUCUGACGCCCUGGAGGGCAAGGAGCGGGGUUUGAGGUCGGAGUGGAAGUAUGGCAACAGGACAUCGAGGCCCGUGACCACUCGCCCGGGAACGGAAGUCAAGGACCUCAGAGACGUUCUGAAUUUGAAGCUCUAG